AAUGUUUGUUUUGAAUGAAGAGAAUAAGUUCGUAUUCGAAUGAAAUAAAGUAGCGGCAGCAGCAGCAGCAUCAUGUAUUCUUUCAAUUAUUUCCAACCAUAAAAUAGCGUAAUACAGAAAAAAAAAAAAAGAAGAUAAAAGGUACGCGUAAAGUGCAUUGAAAUGAAAAGUGAUCGUUGAUUGAGCGUGUGGGCACCUUUCCUAAGAAGAUGCACAUGUUGUGUUUGAUGUAAUUACGAAGCCAACGACCCUUUUAAGCUUGUUGGGUUGUUUCGUAGUACUACGUUAACAAUGGCGAAGCAGGUGGUUCCUCGUGAAUCUCACCCAUAUGCCUUUCAUGUCUCUGGUCCUCGCAACUUCACUUCCCUUAAUUGGAGGGACCUUAUCAUUUCCAGUUGGAAGGAUGCAAGUUAUAAGAGAACUGUCAUUGCCUGCUUUAUACAGGCAGUAUACUUGCUUGAGCUUGAUAGACAGGAGAAGAGAACACAGGAAAAUGCUCUUGCUCCAAAUUGGUGGAUUCCCUUCAAGUACAAGCUUAAACAAACACUAAUUGAUGAAAGAGAUGGAUCCAUUUUUGGUGCAAUUCUUGAAUGGGACAGAUCUGCUGCAUUGUCUGACUUAAUACCAAUGAGACCAAGUGGUGCCCCAAGAGCUAUCUUAGCACUCAGAGGAACAUUACUCAAAAGCCCUACAAUGAGAAGAGAUAUUGAAGAUGACCUCCGUUUUCUCACUUGGGAAAGCUUGAAGGGCUCUGUGAGGUUUAAAGUUGCUUUGGAGGUACUAAAGUCAAUUUGUGAUAAAUAUGGAAACAAAAAUGUAUGCAUUGCAGGGCACUCCUUGGGGGCUGGUUUUGCUCUUCAAGUGGGAAAGGAACUAGCAAAAGAAGGUACUUAUGUGGAGGCACAUUUGUUCAAUCCUCCUUCUGUUUCACUAGCCAUGAGUCUCAAAACUAUUGGAGAAAAGGCUGAGUUUGUGUGGAAUAGACUUAAAUCCAUGCUUCCUUUAAGUAGUGAAGCUCAAAUCAGCAAUGAUGGAAGCAAGACUUCAGGUGUUGGAUUGGAGAGUAAGAUGGCUCAGUUAUCUGGUUCUGGUUUGGGGGUGGCAAAAUUCGUUCCUUAUUUGUAUGUUAACAAUGGUGACUAUAUAUGUUGCUCUUACAAUGAUGGUGGUGGCACAAAGGUAAAUGUCGGAAGUACAAAUGCACAGGUUGCAGCAAGGUUGUUUGUUGUCUCUAAGGAGAAACAAAAAUUUCUUGAGGCUCAUGGUCUUGAACAAUGGUGGUCAAGUGAUGCAGAACUUCAGCAGGUUAUCUAUAAUAGCAAACUCAUAAGCAGACAGCUUAGAUCUUUAUACACUGUUACUCCUUCCCAAGUUAACUCAUAAGCAAGUGCUGAAAUGUAAUCUAAAAUAAAACAAACGAUAUUUCAUAUUUGUCAAAAGCAUCGUGAGAAUCGAUCAAAAUGGUUACGAAAUCCUCAAAAAGAGUUUAUUUUCUAA